AUGAAGUUUGACGAAUUUCUAGAGGUGACUCCUGUAAGAUGCUCACAGGAAAUGAAGACUAAAGUCAUCGCGGGCUUUCCGAACGACGCGGUUGACAAAGUUGAAAUCCACAAGGGUGUCAGAAAGAUUUUCCAUCCGGAGUAUGAAGAUUCCGAGGAAGAAGAUGAUUCAAUCGGUGACAAAGAUAAUGGCUUGGUUAACAGUUCGUCUGAAGAUCCAGCAUCAGAGGAGCUGUCUCGUUCGAUCGCUGUUGCAUAG